AAUAGCCUUCGUUUUGCUAGGAAGACGAGCGUCAAAUUUGAUUCCAUAGACAAAAUACACACAUUCAUUUUAAAGAAUAGAAAAAUGAAACACACAAUAUGCAUUACAAUAAUGUUGAAUGCAGAGAGAACAUUAACAGUCACUUGUUCCAUUUCCCAGCUGUAAGGAUUAUCCUGGUUGGAUCUAAAGGAUCUGGUAAAAAGUCUUCACAAAGGUCCAUCCUGGACCUUAAACAACCUCAAUCCAAACUCCAGAAGGCUGUAGGUGAGGUAUCAGGGAGGACAGUCACUAUGGUAGAUACUCCUGGUUGGUAUAAUGACCUAUCCUCGAAAAAGACUCCUGUACUGGUGAAAAAGCAGAUUGAGUCCAGUGUGCUGCUGUGUCUCCCUGGACCCCAUGCCUUUCUCCUGGUUAUAAAUGUUGAGCCCCCCUUCAGAGAGGGAAUGAGGAAAUCUGUGGAGGAUCACAUGAAACUACUGGGUGAGAGAGUCUGGCAUCACUCAGUGAUACUGUUCACCCAUGGAGACUGGCUGGAAGACAAAACUAUUGAGGAGCACAUUGAGAGUGAAGGAAAGGCCCUCCAGUGGCUUGUUGAGAAGUGUGAAAACAGGUAUCAUGUUUUGAACAACAUUAACUUAGGAGACAGAUCACAGGUCACAGAGCUGCUGGAUAAGAUUAAGAAGAUGGUGGCAAGAAAAAAUGCGGAGCCGUUUCACAGAGUGAAAGUGGAAGAUCUGAUGGACAGUGAUGAUGAGACGGUGGAGGAGGACUGGGCAUUCUACAGAGAGAUGACACAGGGAAUGAGAACCAGGAAAACUCAUAGUUUUCCAUUUGUAACUCCAAGUUUGGAUGGUGAGAAAAGAUCUGAAGUAAACUCUCGGUGCACCUCGGGUUUCAGCUCGUUCAAGUCAGCAUCAAGAAGAACACUGAGCUCUGGAUACAGAUCACUGAAGUCAACAUCAGAAUCAAUCAGUUCGGAUUAUGGAUCAUGCAGUUACGAUCUCAGAUCAAUGUGUAGAUCUGAUCAAGGAUGGGGCGGAGCCAAAUGUUGUAAAAAGUAGAGGCUCAGCCCAAAGCAAUGUCCUUGUCAGAAUCAGAAAGGUUUUAAUCGCCAUGAAAGUUUGUACAGACAAGAAAUUUACUUUGGCAGGAAGGUGCAUACAUUCAACAUUAUAGGAAU